GUUUGGAUGACAUAACAGUGUCACAGAUUUAUUUAGGAGCUGUGUAGUGAUAUACUAAUCUUUGAGUGCAGUAAUUAAUGAUUUGUGAUGUGCUUUCGGCUGUUUACGACCUAAUCACAAGUGUAGCAUAUAAAUAAAUCAUGCUGGUAGUGUUUACUUUGCGGGGUGCGCGCUUCGCAUAGUCGAGCUUCGGCUAGCGCGAGAGACAGUCGUGUCGGUUGUUGUUAUCAAUUAGAAAUUACGGGAACUGUGCACCCGGUCCGGUGAAAGUUUACAAAAUGGAGUUGAAUUUCAUAACGACCCUUAUAAAACACGAUGUGAACCACAAUGUUAGACAGUGUUUCAAAUCGAAAAAGCCUUUCUUCACGAGAAAAGAGGAAGUGUUGGCCAUUAAAAGUAAAUUUCCAACAAAAAUACCGCUCAUCGUAGAAAGAUACCAUAAGGAGAGAAAUCUGCCGACACUGGACAAAACGAAAUUUCUAGUCCCUGAAGAUAUUACUAUGUCGCAAUUCCUAGUGAUUAUACGUAACAGAAUUAGGAUAAAAUCAAAUCAAGCUCUCUAUCUAAUAAUCAACAACAGAUCGAUGCUAAGCAUGAGCCUGACGAUGGCCCAAGCAUACGAACUAUUCGGAGAUGAAGACGGCUUCCUUUACAUCACAUACGCGUCACAGGAAGUUUUCGGUUAUCAAGACGAUAUGACGGGGUCAAACAAAGAGGUGCAAGUAAUCAGAGAUAGAUUCCCCAACAAAAUUCCGUUAUACGUGGAAAGAUACGCCAGAGAGAGAGAAGUUCCAGUCUUGGGCAGAAAUAAGUUCCUGGUACCCCAAGAGCUCACUAUGUCCCAGUUUCUCUACAUCAUUCGGACCAAGAUGAAACUUAGAGAUUCCCAGGCGCUGUUCCUGCUAGUCAACGACAAGGUGCUAGUCAGUCACAGCAUGACGAUGGCGCAGGCGUACGAACAGUUCCGCGCCACCGACGGGUUCCUGCAUAUCACGUAUGCCGCACAACAAGUUUUUGGCUGAGAAUACUGGUACUACCUGCUUGUGCAUGAGAAACUGGCAUUUAAUGAAACGAGACCAAUAGAAAGACUGAUAUUCUUAUAUUUUGUGAUACAUUCUAGUGUAGGUCUUAAAUUAUGCUCUUCACUCCGUUUGUUUGGCUUCUCUCAUAGAGGAAUGUUUUUAGGCCGGUUCCAAAAUAUAAUUAUUAUAGUUUUCAAUAUUACUAUUAUUAUUAUUACAAAUAAAUUUGAUAGUUUAUGAAAUAGAUUUAUUAGAAUAUUGUAUUGUUAUUAUUGUUUAAUACUCAUUUCUUAAUUUUGCUGUUAGUUUUAUGAAAAGUUCUAAGGACAUUUUUGUAAUGAUCUCAAAAAUCAUAAAAAUACUGGUGCCUUAAUUUAAUUAGGUGUUAAUAUGUAAUAGGUACUAUACAAUUGAAAUUAUGUUAAUGAAAUAUUAUAGCUGAUGAUUGAUUAUAUGACAUUAUGUUGCCGAAUGUUGAUUAUUUAUAUCAAUUUAUUUUAUAAAUUACCUAAGAAUGAGAAUAAAUUAUGUUAAAAUUUUGAUUAAACAAUUCUCUACUUUUAGAAUUGAAAAUGAAUCAAAAUUACCCCAAUUUAAAAGGGAAUUUUCUCAUUAAGACUCAUUCCAUCACGGUUUUAGAAUCUCAUCCGUAUUUCUUUACUCAUAGGGUUGGUUUUACACCCAUCUGAUAAGUGUUUUUGUCUUUGUCCUUUGACAUAAGUCAGAAAGAGACAGUGACGGUUGAUUAAACGUCACUCAGAGGCCGUACAGACUACUUUAGUAUUUUUGUCGACGACUAAAAUACUAAAGUAGUUCGAGCUAGGCUUUACAGAAAGUGGUGAAAUCAGCCCCAAGUACUAAUUCCGCUUUGUUUGUCAUAUUUACCAAAAUAAGACAUGUCAUGGCGAUGUCUUUUUUUAAUAAAUUGUAAAUUAAAAUGGAAGUUAAUUAAAAAAAAAUAGAAUCUCGUGUAAAUCAAUAACGCUUUAAUGAUGUAGCUUAAAUUAGGCUUAAUUAGUACAUAUAAAUAAUACAAUAAAUGAUUUACCAAUCUA